AUGUAGAGUAUCAUGGCGACCCUAGACGUUAAGUUUACAAAGUUCGACAAUCGUCCAUGGGGCUUUCGUCUGGCGGGUGGAAGUGACUUUCCUGAUCCUCUAACUGUCAUUAGGGUAACAGAGGAAAGUCUUGCCGAAUGUAUGGGCUUAAAAGUUGGUGAUGUCGUUGUAAAACUAAAUGAUCAAUGGAUAAAUGACUUGUCACACGGUCAGGCUCACGAAGCUCUUAUUCUUGCAGGAAACAAUUUCGUUUUAGGAGUUCGUAGAACAGAAGAUCCGAACAAAUCGUUAAAAGGAAUUCAAAAAAAAAUCGAACCGUAUAUGCUCCCCCUUGAAGACAUUUUAUUUUCUCCGAUUGAAGAAAAAAGAGAAUCAACACCCGACGAGGUACCACAAAUUGAAGACGAGUUUGUACCAAUACUACUAUCAUCAGAAGAAAAAAUUGAAGUUGAAGAGUAUCCAGUGAAACCGCGUGACGAGAAUAGCGAAUUUGUUGCUAAUACAAAUUUGACAGAUGAAGAAAUAGCUCUCUUAAUUCUUGACGAGGAAGAACUUUUAAACGAUAAAGGAGUUUUAGGCGUGAACUUCAGAAAGCUACGGCCCCGUGCGCCUCUUAUUAAACAAUCCAAAGUUUUCCAAGAACUGCAGCAGCAAGUGAACUCCGAACCGGAGCGCAUCCAGGAGCAGAAGCAUCGCUCGACGUUCUUACAGAAGCCAGAACGACCUGUACCGCAAUCGCGUGCCGAGCCCCUAGGUCCUCAUCCCGAGAUCCCGGCAUCCGAACCUUAUCGGGUUCUCAUUCAGAAGCAGCCGCGUAGGCCCGUAAGCGAACGUCUUGCUCGGCGUGAUCCUUCCAAGCAGCCGUGUCCACCCAGGAGUCCGGAGACCAGCCCAACCCCCGAGAAAACAUUAUCGGAUUCACCAGCACCUGUUAUCGAAGUUCAAGAUUUUUCAAAUGAUUCACGCCGACAAAUAGAGACUGAAAUUAUCAAAACUGAAGAAUCGACAGAAGUUUUUGAAGAAUACAAACAAGAGCAACAAGAUAAGAUAACGGAACAGCAGGAUACUCAAUACGGUUCAAAAGAUCAGUUGCCCGAGUUAGUGAACUCGUCAAUGGAGAUAAGCGAAGAAGGCUCAGUGAGCAUGGACGAAAACAAAAUCAAAGAGCUAGUGACGACAGAAGUUAACCUCGAGCGUCAGCUUGAAAGUGUUCAGAGUCAAUUGCUAGCCCUAAAGCAGUUACCUAGUGAAAUCGAAAAACACCUGACGAUCGUUUCCGAGCAACUACAUAAGAUCUUGGAGCUCAGUAGUGUGGAAAAGACAGGGGUCGAGGAGCCGGCCAAGGGUGAGCGCAAACCGAGGGUCGCGGGUGACCGAGGACUCAUGGGGAAGGCCAGAGUCGGUCGGAACCCCUAUUAUGAAGCUUACGAGAUAGAUACAGAGAAUUUCCACUAUCAGGAAGAACAGGGGAGCCAACAAUCAGAGGAAGUGACGCAGGCAAACGACGAGCAAAAGUUAGAUGAACAACAGGAACAACUGUUCGAGGUGGAGGAGGAUAUAAAAUCGGUAAGCUCAGAGUUGUUGAGCUACACACCAAACAUUAUUUCAACCGAAGAUACCUGGACUGAGUCCAAGGAGCUUGAAAUAUCCGUCAAGAGUAACGAAGAUGAUGGAAAGAGAGUAAAGAAAUAUAUAGUUUCUUAUGAAUCUAAAGUUCUCCAAGAGACACAUGAUACUCAGUGCUCACAAAUACCCAGUCCAGCGCUAUCGCACGGAAGCUUCGAGCCAAACCCAAAAUUAACUUUACAAGAACAACUGGUGCAAGAGUUUAAGAACAGAAAGGGUAGAAAGCCAGUGCGCGAGCUCUGGCAUCCCCAGGCUAAACAGCUCGAGCUAACAUACGGGCGUAAAUGGAGGUGUCCUAAUGACUUCUUUAAUGACGAAAUGAUCGCUGAUGCUCUCUGCUCUCAGGCUGAAGUCAUACGUGGUAGAGCACUGGGAGUGAACUUCAAAAAAUUUGAAAAAACGGCCUUACCAAACUACGACCAUCUGAUGAAUUCGAGCGUCUUUAAGAUGAUUCAUAAAAUGGAAGUCGAGCCAAAGAAAGGAAUUCCUACGAGACCGCCAAAGGUUAUAGCCGCCAAAGAUAUUAUAGAGAGGGUGAGUACACCGGUCUGUUGCAUGGUAGAUGACAGAAGCAUAAAAAGCGUGAGUCAUUGAUGUUAACGUCGACGAUGAUUUUAAUAUUAAAAUAGUAAAAUUACG